UAUUGUGCUCGCGCUACUAUUCUGUGUGUGUGUGUGUUUGUGGUGGUUUACGUUUCCUGAAAAAUGUUCAAAUUUACCCUCCUUUGUAUAGCUUUGUCGCUCACCUUGGCAACUGCAUUGAAAAUUCACGAUUUCGACCAUCACGAAGCCGAAGAAUCCGAACAUCAUCAUGAAGUGGAUCACAAGCAUGCCACUUCCCAUCAAAGCGUCAAAUUUCAUCACUUCCAUCCCGUACCGGUCUAUGUCAAGGACACACAUUUGCUUAAGAAUCCCAUUGAAAUCGGUGGUACAAAGCAGAAAUUGAAAGUUUUGCACCCCAAAACCGAACAUAGCCACAAUCACGGCUUGGUUUUGGAGGAGGAGAGCGAAACACAUUUGCACGGCCAUGGACAUCACGAAAUCGAACAUCAUGAACCUCAUCAGGAGCACUACGAACACUAUCAUCACGAAUAAGCGAUUGGAUAGAGAGGGUUGAGAAAACAAAUUUAAAGAAAACGAGCGUGAAUUGGAAAAAGUGUAUUCAGUUUUAACGAUCUGUAGAUUGGAAGCUUGUUCCCGGAUUUUCAUAUAAGCCUUUAGAUGAAUACUGUG